GGAGGAAGCUAAAUUCUUCUUGGUGCGAAGAAACAACGUAAAGAGCGAAUAACAAACAGGAAAUGCCUGACUCCGCUGCGAGGCGGACGCGCGGCGCAGAGCGCUGAACGCCACUCGCAGCGCAGCACCGUUCCCGCCGCCCCGGCCCGCCGCCCGGGCUCCCGGCCCCGGGCUCGCCGCAGCCCAGGCAUGGCUGCCUCCUGCUGGAUGCUGACAGCUCUCUUUCACCUCAUUGGCUCUUCCAAUGUUGAUGUGAAAAAUGCAAUGACCUUCAGUGGGCCUCUGGAAGACAUGUUUGGGUACACAGUCCAACAGUAUGAAAAUGAGGAAGGGAAAUGGGUACUUAUUGGUUCACCAUUAGUUGGCCAACCUGAGAAAAGAACAGGAGAUGUAUACAAAUGCCCUGUAGGAAGGGACAACCAAUCACCCUGCAUAAAACUGAACUUACCAGCUGCUACUUCAGUUCCUAACGUUGUGGAAGUAAAAGAAAACAUGACUCUUGGAACAACCUUAGUAACAAACCCAAAAGGAGGCUUUCUGGCAUGUGGACCACUUUAUGCUUACAAAUGUGGGCGUUUGCAUUACACAACUGGAGUUUGCUCUAAUGUCAGCUCCACUUUUGAAACCAUCGAGGCAAUUGCUCCAUCUGUGCAAGAGUGUAAAAACCAGUUGGACAUUGUCAUAGUCCUCGAUGGGUCCAACAGCAUUUAUCCAUGGGAAAGUGUCACAGCCUUCCUAAACAGCCUCCUCAAAAACAUGGAUAUAGGUCCUCAGCAAACACAGGUUGGAAUUGUUCAAUAUGGACAGACUGUAGUCCAUGAAUUUUUCCUGAAUGCAUACUCAACAACAGAAGAUGUGAUGGCCGCAGCCACGAGAAUACGCCAGCGGGGUGGCACACAAACUAUGACAGCCCUGGGAAUAGAUACGGCAAGGAAAGAGGCUUUUACUGAGGCUCGCGGCGCACGAAGAGGAGUACAAAAAGUAAUGGUUAUUGUGACUGAUGGGGAAUCACAUGACAACUACAGAUUAAAAGAAGUGAUUGAUAAUUGUGAAGAUGAAAACAUUCAGAGAUUUGCUAUUGCUAUUCUUGGCAGCUACAGCAGAGGAAAUUUAAGUACUGAGAAAUUUGUAGAGGAAAUCAAAUCAAUUGCCAGUAAGCCUACUGAAAAGCAUUUCUUCAAUGUCUCAGAUGAAUUAGCUCUUGUAACUAUUGUUGAAGCACUCGGAGAGAGAAUAUUUGCCCUGGAAGCAACAACAGACCAGCAGGCUGCCUCAUUUGAAAUGGAAAUGUCUCAAGCUGGUUUCAGUGCUCAUUAUUCUGAGGAUUGGAUCAUGCUUGGAGCAGUUGGAGCUUAUGACUGGAAUGGCACAGUGGUCAUGGUGAAGGACAGUGGUAUUUCAAUACCAACUAAUGACACUUUUCGUGACAGGCUUUCAGACAAAAAUGAACCUCUUGCAGCCUACCUAGGAUAUACUGUGAAUUCAGCGUUGACACCUGAAGGUGUACUGUACAUAGCAGGACAACCACGAUACAAUCACACUGGCCAGGUUAUCAUUUAUAAAAUGGAAGGAAAAGAGGUACAGGUACUUCAGAGGUUAAAUGGAGAGCAAAUUGGGUCAUACUUUGGGGGUGUUAUUACCACAAUCGACAUCAACAGGGACUCAUUUAUAGACCUUCUUCUUGUUGGAGCUCCUAUGUAUAUGGGAACUGAGAAAGAGGAGCAGGGGAAAGUAUAUGUUUAUGGCCUGAACAAGACAAAGUUUGAGUAUCAGAUGAGUCUCGAACCUACAAAGCAAACAUGCUGUUCGCCAUUAAAACAGGACACCUGCAAAGUUCUUAAGAACGAGCCUUGCGGUGCACGCUUUGGGACUGCGAUUGCUGCAGUGAAGGAUCUCAACCUAGAUGGAUACAAUGACAUCGUAAUAGGCUCUCCCUUAGAGGAUGAUCAUCGGGGAGCUGUUUAUAUUUAUCAUGGCCAUGGCAACACAAUCAGUAAAAAAUAUUCGCAGCGUAUUGCAUCAGGUGGAGAUGGCGAAAAGGUGAAAUUUUUUGGCCAGUCUGUGCACGGAGAAAUGGAUUUAAACAAUGAUGGUCUGAUCGAUGUCACCAUUGGAGGCCUUGGUGGGGCUGCCCUCUUCUGGUCUCGUGAUGUGGCUGAAGUAAAUGUUUCCAUGCAAUUUACACCCAAAAGCAUCAAUAUCCAACAACAAAAUUGUCAGAUAAAUAAAAGAAAAACAAUAUGCAUAAAUGCCACUAUUUGUUUUAAGACCAGACUAAAGUCAAAGGAAGAUACAUUUGAAUCCAGUCUGCAGUAUUGGAUUACUCUUGACUCACAAAGGCAAAUACCUCGAAGCUUGUUUGCAGAAAGCCAUGAGAGGAAAAUGCAAAAAAAUAUAACUGUCAAAGGGUCAGAAUGUAUUAAACAUAACUUCUACAUGUUGGAUAAGCCUGACUUUCAGGACUCUGUAAAGGUUUUGCUGGAGUUCAAUUUUUCUGAUCCAGAGAGUGGGCCAGUUCUCGAUAGCAACCUGCCAAAUUCAGUAUCUGAAUAUAUUCCUUUCACAAAAGAUUGUGGAGCCAAAAAUAAAUGCAUUUCAGAUCUUGUUCUGAAUGUAAAAGCAAGCAUAGCUGGAGACAGCUCUUCUCCAUUCAUUGUAAAGUCACGCAAUGAUAAGUUUACCAUCCAGCUCUCCGUGAAGAACAAAAAAGACAGUGCCUAUAAUACCAGAGUUUUGGUUCAAUAUUCUCCAAAUAUUAUUUUUGCUGGCAUCGAGGGUAUACAGAAAGAUAGCUGUGAAUCUAGUCACAACAUCACCUGUAAAGUGGGAUAUCCAUUUCUAAAACCUGAAGAAGAGAUUUCCUUCAAAAUAUCAUUCCAAUUCAAUGCAUCAUAUCUCCUGGAAAAUGCUACUGUUCAUGUGUAUGCAACAAGUGACAGUGAAGAACCACCUGAGACCUUGAGUGACAACAGAGGACAUGUUACAAUUCCAGUAAAAUAUGAAGUAGGAUUAAUAUUUGUAAGUGUUUUCAAAGAGCACCAUGUUAUAAUUGCAGCAAAUGAUACUCUCCCUACCGCUAUUAACACAACAGAGCAGAUUGGGGAUGAAGUUACUCUGCAUUAUAGGAUUGAAAAAGGUGAACACUUUCCAAUGCCAAACCUCACACUGCAGAUCUUAUUUCCCAAUGUAACAGCAGCCAAGAACACUCUUCUCUACCUUACUGCAUUGUCACAUUCUCAAAAUGCCAUCUGCCAAACUAGUUACCCUGUAGAUCCCUUAAAGAUCGGCACCGGUAAACCAUUUGUGUUGCCAAAAAUAAAAGAACCUACAAAGAAUACAAUUAUGGACUGUGAUACAUACAGCUGUGCAUCUAUUAAUUGUGCCCUGGUCCCAUCUGACAUAUACCAAGUGAAUGUUUCAUUAAGAGUAUGGAAACCUACCAUCAUAAAAGCAAGUAUUCACAGCUUAACCCUUGUUGUGAAAGCGUUACUUAGGAGUGAGAACUCAUCACUGAUUUUGAGAAAUGACCAUCAAAAACUAGAGACCAUGGUUAAGAUUUCCAAAGAACUCCCACCAGGGACAGUCCCCUUGUGGGUUAUCCUCCUGAGCAUCUUUGCUGGACUCUUGAUUCUUGCACUGCUUAUAUUUGCUUUGUGGAAGGCUGGAUUUUUCAAGAGACCACUAAAGAAGAAAAUGGAGAAGUAAAGAUUUAAAAAAAAAAAAAAA